GGUCCUAUAAGGCGCUUGCUUGUUUAAGUACAGUCUCAUUUAGUUGGAGCUGCAGGGGAGUGAGGGAAAGGAGGAUAGGAAAGAAGAGAGCGGGAGAGCUCGAGGAAGAACGGGGCUCGCUGUGUUGACAUCAGGCUCGGGCUGUGAGCAUCCUUCAGGACCUGGGCUCGCGCUCUCCAAGAGAAGAGCAAGGCUGUGCUGGGAUUCGCGGGAGCCUGGUCCGUCCCGGUGGCCAGAGCCAGGAGAGCCCUGAGGGAAACCGAGGGAAGCAAGCGGCGCGUUUUACUAGAGAGAGCAGGAGUGAGGAGAGACGGCUGGAACGCACGGCGACAUGAGGACCUACUGGCUGCACAGCGUCUGGGUGCUGGGGUUCUUCCUGUCCCUCUUCUCGUUGCAAGUGUUGGCAUUUUGGAACCAGCCUCCUGCUGAAGUAAAUUUGUCUCCAAUCACAAUCCCAGGACUGCCGGUUCGCAGCGUGGAUUUUAACCGAGGCACGGACAACAUCACCGUGAGGCAGGGGGACACGGCCAUCCUCAGAUGUGUGGUCGAAGACAAGAACUCGAAAGUGGCCUGGUUGAACCGCUCUGGCAUCAUCUUCGCUGGACAUGACAAGUGGUCCCUGGAUCCUCGGGUUGAGCUGGAGAAACGCCAUUCUCUGGAAUACAGCCUCCGAAUCCAGAAGGUGGAUGUCUACGAUGAGGGAUCCUACACAUGCUCAGUUCAGACACAGCAUGAGCCCAAGACCUCCCAAGUUUACUUGAUCGUGCAAGUUCCACCAAAGAUCUCCAACAUCUCCUCAGAUGUCACUGUGAAUGAGGGCAGCAAUGUAACCCUGGUCUGCAUGGCCAAUGGCCGCCCUGAACCUGUUAUCACCUGGAGACACCUUACACCAACUGGAAGAGAAUUUGAAGGAGAAGAAGAAUAUCUGGAGAUCCUAGGCAUCACUAGGGAGCAGUCAGGCAAAUAUGAGUGCAAGGCUGCCAACGAGGUCUCCUCUGCGGAUGUCAAACAAGUCAAGGUCACUGUGAACUGUGAGUACAAAAGCAGCAGGUGUUCCAGGCCCAGGGCACACCUCCACUUCCAGGGAGAUGCACAGAUUCCAUUAUCGAAAGCUCAUAGCAUUUCAAGCAGGUGUUCUUCUGGUCAGGGAUGCACAUUUAUACACCGGACACUUCCAAGGGCGAGACUUGAAACACUCCAUGAUGUUUACCAUUUUUCCCCUUCAGAGCGUGUUUUACCCACAGUCCCCCACCCCAUUCAAGAAAUUGGCACCACCGUGCACUUCAAGCAAAAAGGACCCGGGUCGGUGAGAGGAAUCAAUGGAUCCAUCAGUCUGGCCGUACCACUGUGGCUGCUGGCAGCAUCCCUGCUCUGCCUUCUCAGCAAAUGUUAAUAGAAUAAAAAUUUAAAAAUAAUUACAAAAACACACAAAAAUGCGUCACACAGAAACAGAGAGAGAGAGAGAAUGCAAAAAGGGGGGAGACUUAUUUCACAAGUUUGUGUGUUUAUAAAUGAAGGGGGGAAAUGUGAAAAUGAAGAAAAUACAACACUAAAAACACUUUUAAGAUCCAUCAAUAAAAAAAUUGAGUAUAAUUUAGGGUGGGAAAAAUCUCUACCAGAAUAUGUGUCUAUCUUCUAAGCAGAUGACUGCUGUGUAAAAAGACUCCAUCAUGCUAAAGAUAUCCGAUGUUGUACAAAUGAGACUAUUCAAGAAGUACCAGGUGGAUAUUAACUCCCCCACACACACUUUAUCCUUCCUUCAUCCGUUUUCAUCUGUGGGGAAAAAAGAAGAUCUUGCCUUUGGUGUUUAUAUUUCCAUAACCUUUUUAUUCUGUUUUUCAUUUGAGCUAAUGUGCAGCCAUUUUGGACGAUCAAAGGAAAAACCUAUGUAGAGCCUUUCUCAGGCUCCGCUGCCUCCAACAUCUCUCUAACCUUUGAGAACAUCCCCUUUCCCUCCAGUGUGUUCUAUCCCCACCACACCCAUUCCAAACGUUCCCUUUUUCUCUACCCCCAUCUCUCUUUACCCCAGCAACCCAGAACACUAGUCACGCCGCAAAUGCUAGGAAGUGCCAUUUUCAUUUUCUUCACUGUGCGCGUGUGUGUGCUCAAGUCUCUCGCUCUCACGUAGGUGUACAUGUGUGUGAGCGUGUAUGUGUCUCUCUCUCUAAAGCAUGCCAAUGGAAUGGUCCAUGUGUACAUAGACUCAUUGUGCCGUAGAUACUGUCCUGCAUUGUAAUUGUGAGAUGCGGCUGUAACAAGUUGCUGGGGGAGAUGGCUGGAGGGGAGGCAAGGAGCAGAACCCCUCCCCCAUUCAUGGCUGUCACAUGACAUCAGUGCGCAUUCAAACCAAGCUGUGCUCCUUCUGUGGGCAGGACCCCAUACCUCUCCUAGUCCCAUUUUCAAAACCCCCAGUCAGGAGUCACUCAGAAUAUCACUGUAAAUGAAAGUGCCUACUAUCAAUGGGGUGAGCAGACAGGGAACAGAUCCGUGGCCUGGAUGACAUGACCUAGGAGAAGAAGACCGUUUAUGAUUUCACUCUUAUUUUACAAGCCUGGGGGAUUCAUAAGUUUUCUAGCUUUGUAUAGGUUGAGUCCCAUUGCAGAAAUGAGCAACAUGUUUUGAGCAGGUCUCCAGAAACAAGAAAGUCUCUGAGUGGUAACUCCCAAGGGAAAGAGGAGCUGAUGGAGAUCCUAUGCAGGCCUGUUUUGUCCCCUCACUAAUCUUCAGAUAACACUGCAUUUGCCCCGAAUUCCCCUAAGCUGAGAUUGUUGUCUCUUUCAGAUAAAAGAUUGUGAGCGAGACAUGAAAAGUAGAUAGAUGCCCAGGUCCUUUCUAUAGAGGCUGCCAAACCUCUAAUGCAAAGUUCUGACCAUCACAAAAUAGGAGUUCUAGGCUUUGUUAUCCUUUGUGGAUUAUCAUCCUUGAGUUCUAGACUGAUGCUUUAUUAAGUUCCCACUCCACUGAUAAGGUGUAUGGCACCAUUGCCUGUGGAGGCUCCUCAGAAUUCGAAAGCCAGGCCACUAGGAUGCAGAUUGCAUUCACCUUCUCUACCUUUAGACUUACAUCUGUGAGAUUCUCCUUGACACUAACAAUGAAACCUGAGCUAAUUGCUUAAUCAUAAGAUCUGAGCAACUUGUGAUGAAUUCGGGCAGAAGUUGUGUGAGCAUCCCAAAGCUCAGCACCAUUACAUUACCAAGAGUGCUUUCCUAGGGGAGGUUUUCCAGGGAAGGCUGCCUCUGCAUGUGGGCAUCUUUGGUAGGAAACCAUCCACCACUUUCCCUUAGAUUAUAGAGGUAUCCAAAGUAAUUCACCUUAGGAAAGGAUGGAAGAUUAUUGUUGGGGCCAUAAAGUGUUAUCUCACUGAGCCAAAUAUAAUAGCUCAUCAUUUUAACCUUUGAAAUGGCUGUCACAUGAUACAAAAUGAAGGCAAAGAAGGAAGGAAGGGAAGGAGAAAGGGAUGAAGAAAGAGUAAAAAGAAUUUAAGCAGUAUUGUAAAUUUCUUCUAAGGAAUUACAUCAUUUAGUUUACAAACCCAUCACAUUCUUUCUUCAUGGUUUUGCAGUUGUGACAUGAAACAGAGGGCAGACAGGACCUAGGAUGGGUAAGAGGAUUUAUGGGAGAUCAAGAGACAGAAUAUUAAUUCUUAUCCAAGAACAUAGCUAUUACAACAUAGGGAACAUGAUAUAUUGGCAAUCAGGGAUUUCUCUGGCAAUCUGGUCCUCUUUGCACAAGAAUUGAAGGAUAUGUAUUUCCCAUGUUAAAGAGGCAUCCACAUCCUUAAGUAAAAUCUUAGAAGCGUGCAUGAUAGUCUAGAUAGAAGGAAGAAAGAAAGGAGUUAAUUCAGCAUUGUAUAGUAUUAGUUUCGGAAAUAGAUACCUGUGACAUAUCACAGGCUUUAACCAUAUACCUGGUCUUCAGUGUCCCCAUCCUAUUAUAAGGACAAACUCUUGGUUUUGUGGGAGGAGUCUCUCCUUUGGAAAGAAUUCCUGAUCAUGUCUAUACCAUUUGUUAUGUUGGUUUUAUUAUAAUGGACCAUAGAGUAAACUGCUAAAGAUACUUUUAAAAUGUGAUUGUUUACCCAUAUCUCCAACAGGAUCUGAGAUUUUUUUUAAAUUUCUCUUUCCUAUGGAAAAACCUGGGUCUCAUAUACCAUGUAGGUUUGAGAAUAUUGCUAAGUCAUAUGGAGAACUGAGGACAAUGUUUUUUGAAGCAAGAUUAGAAUCACUGUAGGGCAAGAGGACCUACACCAAGAUGCCACACAUUUAACCGAAAAAAAAAAAUGCAUCACAUUGCUAUAAAUCUCUCCAAAGAUCUUAUUUGUUGGCAAUGAAAAAACAAAAAUGUAACAGGAAAUAAUAGGUAAUAAGGAGUGGAAUGCUUCAAAUCAUUGGGACCGCUCAUAUAUUCCAUAUGUUUUGUAUAAAAAGUAAACUUACAUCAUUCACAAAACAAAACCUUUAGCCUCAGAUUUCAUUUUUAAAAAGUAGAAAUGACCUUGACCCAGGGCAGGCCUCAAAGAAGGAGAACUAGCUUGAGUUCAACAAUUGCAAAAGUGUCUGUUCUCUGUGCAGUUGUUGAUCCAAACAACUUUGCCUAGUGGAAGGAACAUUGUUCUUGCAAAAUGGCCUUGUCCAAAAAGAAGGACAGCUUAUGGGAAAUUAGCUGGGUUUUCUGCUCAGAAGGACUUUCCCCAAGGCCUUUGCCUUCCCUUCCAAGUCAGACAGACAUUUUGUCCCCUUACCAUGAACAUGUUUUUUCUUUAACUUCAUAGAUAACUGGGGCUAUUCAAAGAGACCUUGUAACAAUACUCGUGAUUUUCACGUUCUUGGAGGACAGAAGCAAAAGCAUGUUUCUCCUCCAAAGAUGGACUUACCUCCUCUGCCUACAGAAACUAAACUACUCAGCAUGAAAUUGUUUUGAGUUCUUACUGAUCAGCCCACAGUCACAGGGUCCUCUGGGGGCUGACUAUGAUGUGAUGGCUUCUAUUGGCUAGUCUCCCUAAAUUUUUCAUCUUGUUGUUUAUAGGCUUUGGAUUUUUUGUGCAAAAUAAUAUAUAUGUGUAUGUAUUGUUUUAAAUCUUAUCUUUUACAAAUGAUAUAUUUACAAUAAUGUAUGUAUUAUAAGAACAAUUUAGAACAAUGGUUUAAACUUAAAAGGAAGAGAGGUAUUGAAUUUGGUUUAUUUAAAAAAAAAAAAGAGCUGUGUUUCAUUUGGAAAGACACAGGUCCCCUUUUGUCCACCUUGUUAUUAUUUGUUUAAAAGAAAUUUUCCUAUGAGACCCAUGCUAUAGGAUUAAUUAUGUCAUCAUGUUUUUCUUCAUUCUUAACAAAUUCUCAGCAUGGAUUUAGUCCUGGUUCCCCUGAAAACUGCCAGUUUUUAUAACAAUAUAAGUGCAAUGUUAUAUCUGACCUAAAGAGCUAUUAAAAUUCUGAAGACAAAUAAACAUACCAUAAAAAAUUGUGAGAUAGACCCCAAGUUAAGAAACACAAAUCUAAUUCAGGAAAUCUCUUUCUCGCUUAAGUAUUUAAAAUGUUUCUCCUCCAGAGACUUAGUCUGCCCGUGAUGUAAAUUCCCCAUUAUGGUUAACAUCAUAUCUGUAAACAUCUCACUAAAGGCAAAAUGAAGUUCACAUUUACGUGCAUACCAGUGGGAAGAAAAGUAAACUAUUCUCCUUUGCAUUUAGCUAUGCUGUUCAAAUGUCACCAACUGAACCUCAAGAAAGAAUUUGGUUUUGCCCACAAUGUAUAUCACUUUCCUCUUGGCAAGGCUGCUGGUGUUAAUAUUAGGUUUAGGUUUAGCAUUCACGCCAGCAAAAUGUUUAUGGAUAUUGUAGAAAACUUAUUUUAAAAUCCUGAUUUCUCGUCAGCACAUUUGCAUACCGUGCUGAUUAAUAAAUUAGGCACCAAUCAUGUGUAAAUCAAUGUAAAUCACUAGUUUAUAUACAUAAUAUAAACUAUGUAAACUUCAUUUUUCAUGCAGAGCCCAAGUUCAGCUAAACCUAUAAAUCUUAAAGAAAAAGAAGUCAAAUAAGAAGAAGAAAAACCAAAGCUUUUUAUAGGUCAAACAUCAAGACAAAAAAACUGAAGUUCCAAACAUGGUUGCCUUAGCCAAAGGAAGCAGACACCCAGACCCCUUAGAGGCAGGUCCAGCCAAGUACAAAUGGUUUUCCUUAGCUCCUUCUGCCUCACUGAAGAUUCCUCAGCCUGACCCAACCAAUCCUAGGCAAAUUGGAAGAUAGAGGAACAGGGUGUGAAGGACUCCUGUGCCCCAGGUCAUUGAUUUCUUGUCAGCUAAUAUAUAUUUUAUUGUAUUUUAGUUAAAUAACUCCACCAGAUUCACAAAUAAUUACAUGAACAAGUUAUCACACAUCCCCCGCCCCGCUUUUUUUGGGUCUGCUUUACACUUAACCACACUCAUAAAACUUCUUUGUCAUCCUAAUUUGAAUAAGUUAUGUGAUGUAAGAAAUAUGUUAUAUCCUUGAGAAAUACCUUGCUGAAGCUCCCUGCUUUUUUUAUAUUCUCUGGUAGCCCCAUGUAUCUACAUGUCCGUGGGUUAUAAAGAAGGCACAGAGUCAUCUGAAUAGGGAGUUUCAGCCACAGGUUUUACCCCAGCCUUUCUGAAGUGCCUGCUGAUUUAACACAAUGUCCUGCACACCAUUCCUCUGACCAAAACAACCGAGAGAGUCAUCAAAGAGAUCAUAUGAAUGUCCGACAAGACUAUUCUAGAAGGAAAUUUGGGUCACAUUGAUGAGAGGCUUCCAUUCGUCCACCCAAGACAAAAGGCCUCUGCAAAGUGAAAGGUGUAUUAGGAGUCAGGAAAAUUGAGUUGUUGCUCUGAGUCUUGCCACACAAAAAAGCCAUGUGAUAUUGACGUUGGCAAGUUAUUUCACAUCCCCAAGUUUUUAAUUUUCUCGUUCCAAAGUAAAGAAUUUAAAUGACAUUCCAUUAGCCUCUUCCACCUCUAAACUCUGAUCCUGAAUAUGAAUUGAAAAUUCAUUAAGUAUUGUCACCCACAUGAGGACCCAAGCAAAGCCACUUGCUGGUCUCUGGUUUCCUCUCAAAACCAUCCUCCACAACAUAGCAUCUUCUAGAACACAGAGUCUCUGGACUGAUUCCAUAUUUCUCUUCGGAGCAAAUUUUCUUAGACUCGCAGAGGAAGGACAUUUUCUUAUUAAAGUUAAGGCACCAAAAUAGCUGAGGUGGCUUCCUUGCUCAUGAUAUUGGGAAAUGUGACUGUUGAACUGUAGCCUAAUAGCCUUUCAUAGGAAGGAAAAUGGCCAGAUUGGGCAUUAUGUACGUAACAAAUGAGGAAGUUGCACGUGUGAGAGGAAACAUCAGCUUUCUCUCAUCCUGGGCCAAAUGCUUCAUUAUGGUAAAUGUGUGUCACUGGAAAUUCUUGGCUGGUCCCAAGCAAGUUCAAAAAGCUGUUCUGUGAGAAACAGGCAAGGGAGGGGGUUUCUUACAGAAGUUUCCUGAAACUUGACUAAUAGGCUGUGGAAUCAAGCAAGUGGAUAGAGAGGCCUCAUUUGUUAACAGCUCAGUCUGGUACAGUUUUACAGCAGAUAGGUGGGAAAUAGGACACAAAAGCCUACGAGGAGGCACGGUUGAAGGGAGUGAGAGUCGUAGAAGCUAAAGCUGAACGUGAAAGUUAAGUUUCCAGAAAGGGAGGCCACGCAAGAACACUUGUUUGAGACAGUAUACAAGGGGUUGUUCUGUUGGGCCAUGUACUGGGCAGACUCAACGCAGGUCCACUUGUUGGUCCCACUCUGUCUUCAACAUUCAGCCUACUGCCCGUCCAGUCACCUUUUCAUGAAUCUCCCCAAAGAGCACAAGGAAUAGGGGUCUCCUGGACACUGAAGAGCAGAGUUUAUUCAUCACUUCCAGCAUUAGUGUCACUUUAGAUGGGGAUGUUCAGUGGGCUUACUGUACUCAGGACACGCUGUAAGUGGGAGAGAGACCCACCCACCGAACACCUCCCCAGGUCCAUCCUUGUUUCCAAGGCACAGCUUUUUGGAUGGUGCUCAUGAGUCCACCCUACAGCUACCUUCUUCUCGAUACAAACCCUUUCCCGUGUAAAUCCAGGCACAAUAACUAUCUGCUUCUUGCAAACGAAGAAAACCCCACGGAGCUAGCUUCCUGGCGUGCCGCCGCUGCCUCCGCCAUCCGUCGGGAGUCUCUUGGAACCAACCCACUUACCUAAGCCUUUGCUCUUCACCAGAGAAUGAACAUGGCUUACCCUGGUGAACUUUGGCCAAGUUCUGCUCCCUAAGUAUUUGCUGGGACGGGGGAGGCUGGAGGGAGGAAAUAACAAGGGGAGGGACGGAGACCUGCAUCUUCUCCCCAGCCUCGCUUCACCCCUCCUUUUCCAUUGCUCUCCUGAAGGUUGUAUAAAUCCUGUUCUUGGUUAGAAGUCUCCUCAUUAACAGUGUUAUAUACAUAUAAAUAUAUAUAUAAAAUAUAUUCCUUUUUCCAGCCCUGUAGACAUGAACUGAUCUUCCCUUGAUGAUACAAACACAUGGCCAUUUUUUUGUUUGUUUGUUUUGGUUUGGUUGUUUUGUUGCUCAAGUUAUUUUGUUUUUGUUUAUUGGGUGGAUAUUUUUUCCCUGAAUACUAGCUCUGUGAAGGAAAGUAAAAAGCGCAAUGUGUGUAAAAAAAAAAAAUUAAAAUUAAAAAAAGCCUUUUUUUUCCUUUUUAAAUGUAUUUAAAUUCUGGUUCUUUCUUCUGUUACUUUACACGUAUGAAUGCUCUGCUCUUCUGUGAUCUUAAAACAAAAUGAAAUAAACGUGAAAAGGA